CCAGCAGACCAGAAAAGGUUUGCAGUUUCUCCUGAAGAGGGCGACCUUGGCGGCACAGCGUUACAUCAAGGGGGCUGGGUUUAGCGGUGCACGGGUCUGUCACUACUUGCUGCUGAAUGCAGUUCGGAGCGCCACGGAGAGACGCUUUUAGGCGGCACGGGGGGACUGGGUUGGAAGCAGAACCCCGAUGAAUAAGCUUGGUUAGGAUACAGAACGCACUAGUCUGUGGGGAGUCGCGUAUUGCAGGGAAAUUCUGCGGACAGUGGGUUAAGAAUUUAAGAAGAAAAGGCUAGCUAGGGAUUUAAGGUAGAGAGUUUCUUAUCAGUGCAUGUGCUGUGCAAUCAGUUAAAAAAAAAAACCUGCCUGUACCUGCAAGGGAGAGGCAACCUAAAGCGGGGAAAGUGCGGGAUAAGCAGCGAGGUUACACGGGUGAAUUUGCCAGAGCAUCGCUGAGUUAAAGGGGGAGACGCCAGCGUCGUUCAUACACAGGGAUUAUUAUUAUUAUUAUUAUUAUUAUUAUUAUUAUUAUUAUUUGUAAACGACUGAAUUGUGGGUUUGCGACCAUCACGGUUGCAGGAUCCGAAGGGCACCUCCUCGUACAAGCUGUAAGGUAUCGUUGUUUGGGCAGCUGGAAAUCUCGCUCGAUUGCAGACGUUUCCGUGAUCCUAGCUGUAGAUACCGCUCAAGAUGCCUCUUGCACAGCUAGCAGACCCCUGGCCCAAAAUGGAGCUCAUCCAUCUGGAAACUGAGAAUGGACAGGGCAGUGUGGAAGACGGUGUCCAACAAGAGGAUAAAACAGACAUAACUUGGAUAGAGAAGGACUUUGCCAAUAUAGCCACCACGGACGAUGGCGUUAUUAAAGAGAUCAACAUCACCCACCAUGUCAAGGAGGGCUCGGAAAAGGCAGACCCUUCUCAGUUUGAGCUUCUUAAAGUCUUGGGUCAGGGAUCCUUCGGAAAGGUAUUUUUAGUCAGGAAAACCACCCCACCAGAUGACAAGCAGUUAUAUGCCAUGAAGGUGCUGAAAAAAGCCACGCUCAAAGUGAGGGAUCGAGUCAGAACGAAAAUGGAAAGGGACAUUCUGGCAGAUGUGAACCAUCCAUUUGUUGUGAAACUGCAUUACGCUUUUCAAACCGAAGGGAAGCUCUACCUUAUCUUAGACUUUCUCAGAGGAGGUGAUCUUUUUACCAGGCUCUCCAAAGAGGUGAUGUUUACAGAAGAAGAUGUGAAAUUUUACCUGGCAGAGCUGGCCCUUGGCCUGGAUCAUUUGCACGGUGUAGGAAUCAUCUACCGGGACCUCAAACCCGAAAAUAUCCUGCUGGAUGAAGUGGGACACAUCAAGCUUACAGACUUUGGCCUGAGUAAGGAGGCUAUCGACCACGAGAAGAAGGCCUUCUCAUUCUGUGGGACGGUGGAGUACAUGGCCCCAGAGGUGGUGAACAGGCAGGGGCACAACCACAGCGCAGACUGGUGGUCUUAUGGGGUCUUAAUGUUUGAGAUGCUCACGGGUUCCCUGCCGUUCCAAGGGAAGGAUCGCAAAGAGACAAUGAACCUGAUCCUCAAAGCGAAGCUUGGGAUGCCCCAGUUUCUGAGUGCUGAAGCUCAGAGUUUACUGCGAGCUCUUUUCAAAAGGAAUCCAGCAAACAGAUUGGGAGCUGGGACUGAUGGUGCUGAGGCAAUUAAACGGCAUGUCUUCUACUCAACCAUAGACUGGAACAAACUGUUUCGUAAGGAAGUUAAACCUCCGUUCAGACCAGCUGUGGCCAGGCCAGAUGACACGUUUUAUUUUGACUCCGAGUUCACUUCCCGGACACCCAAAGACUCGCCUGGGGUUCCUCCGAGUGCUGGGGCUCACCAGCUGUUCCGUGGGUUCAGCUUCGUAGCCACAGGAAUGCUGGAAGACGAGGGCAAUGAAGUGCAGGAACUGAAACCCCUGCAUCCUGUGGUCCAGCAACUUCAUGGUAAGAACCUCCAUUUCAAUGACGGCUAUAACGUGAAGGAGGAUAUUGGAGUAGGAUCCUACUCUGUCUGCAAACGCUGCGUGCAUAAGACAACUAAUACAGAAUACGCUGUCAAGAUAAUUGACAAGAGUAAGAGGGACCCUUGUGAGGAGGUUGAAAUCCUCCUGAGAUAUGGGCAGCACCCCAAUAUCCUCACACUGAAAGAUGUGUACGAUGAUGGGAAGCAGGUGUACCUGGUGACAGAGCUGAUGAGAGGAGGGGAGUUGCUGGAUAAACUCCUGAAGCAGAAAUACUUCUCUGAGCGCGAGGCCAGCGCUGUCCUCUACACCAUCACGAAGACUGUGGAGUAUCUCCACUGUCAAGGGGUGGUGCACAGGGACCUGAAGCCCAGCAAUAUUCUCUAUGUGGAUGAGUCCGGGAACCCCGAGUCCAUAAGAAUCUGUGACUUUGGCUUCGCCAAGCAGCUCCGAGCCGACAACGGGCUGCUCAUGACACCCUGCUACACGGCCAACUUUGUGGCGCCCGAGGUUCUAAAGCGCAGAGGUUACGAUGAGGGCUGUGAUGUGUGGAGCUUGGGGAUAUUGCUGUACACAAUGCUAGCAGGAUACACUCCAUUUGCCAACGGCCCCGACGACACUCCAGAUGAGAUCCUAUCCAGGAUUGGAAGUGGCCACUUCAACAUCAAGGGAGGAAACUGGGACACAGUGUCUGAAGCUGCAAGGGACCUGGUGUCGAAGAUGCUCCACAUAGACCCUCACCGUCGCCUGACAGCCAAACAGGUCCUGAAGCACCCCUGGAUCAUCCAUCGGGACAAACUGUCUCAGAGCCAGCUUCAGCACCAGGACGCCCAACUUGUCAAGGGUGCCAUGGCUGCAACAUACUCUGCCCUGAAGACUUCCAAGCCUACCCCUCAUCUCAAGCCCAUUGAGGCCUCCAUUUUGGCACAGAGAAGAGUAAAGAAACUUCCUUCCACCUCCCUGUAAGGGCUUGAGCCAGGUCACCAUGGCAACAGCUCCCUCCCCAACGGCCUUCCCGACAGCGUGCGCGUUACGGACUCUCAGUGUCGUUUUAUUUGGCUUCAUUGACAGCAGAAUAGGAAUUAUUCAUGAGUCAGUGUGGUUGUUCUGGUCUUUCAGAUUUAUAAUUUAUCAACAGCAUGCUUCCAUUUCAGUAUGUGUUGAUGUGAUGAACACCUGCUUAAAGUAUGCUUUUGUGUUUUCGUUUUUGUAUUUUAUUUUUUUUUUUCAAACAAUGAACAUUUAUAUUUUUUCUUAAGUUUUUUAUCUUUUUUUUUUUUUUUUAAAUUAGGCAGCAUUAAGCACUUGUAGUGUCCCAGUUUGUUUUGAAACAGCACAAGGAAAUCACUUUUAGUGAUUGAAUAAAAGGAAAUCCAUAUAAGUCAAUUUACUGUUCAAGGUUUUUAGGUUGGCACAAGUCAUGGUCACUGGAAUUUUACAUGAACCACAAAAGGCGUCAUGCAUCAGACCAAUGUAAAUCUAUAUCUUUCUCACUAUCUGCCUAGGUUGAGUUUGUUUCAGUACAUUGAGAUCAAGUCUUUUGGGAGCAACAUUUCUUAUCGUCAUUUAUUUUAAACAGAAAUCCAUUCAAGUUUGGGUUCUUUACAUUUGUAGCUGUAUUUUUUUGUAUAGUAAUCCUGGGGUCAAAUUGUUUGUUUCAAAUAUAUGUCUCUUAUCAUGAUCACUGGGUUUGAUUUUUGAAUGCUGGUCAUUAUGGUUUACCAGAUUGCAGGAAUGAUUACAAAAUUGUACGAAUUUUAAAGCUGUGGAUUGUACUGUAUAGUGAUUGUCAAAUUUAACAAAGAGAAAAAUCAAUGCAGAUGUUGAUGUGAUCCAUACUGUAAUUUCAAAUCAAAUUCUGGGGUAAAACUAUUGGAGCAUUUUACAGCACUGGGGAAUCCCCUUGAAUUUCAUCAAUGAUCUAUUGGCGAAGUAACCACAGAUAAGUGGGCGAUUCCCUGGUGCAGUAAAAUGCUGUGGCUCAUCCCGGCUGGGUAUAGGCUGGUCAAAUCCAACCCUCAAAUAGACAAGCUUUCCAUGUAUACAUCAGUGAACUACAAUCAUGGCAUUCACCCAAAAGUCUGUCCACUUGGUAUUCGUGGUGAAGUCCAAUUUAAAAAGGAAUUGGAAAUUAAAAACAGGAAGGGACCCCGACCCUGCUUAGUAUCUUUUAGUUUGACCUCAGACAUUUAUAUCAGUGUAACAGAGAUUAUUAUCCUGCCUUUUUUUGCCAGUCGCUGUAUUUGAUCCUGUGUAUACAUGCAUGUUUUGUUUUAAGAAAAUCGUGAUGGGUAACUUAAACUCCAGGUCCAUUGUUGUGAAUUCACUGACUGACAGAACGCAGGAGAAACCAGUCUGCGGUGAUACGACUUUAGUAGGAAAUCAUUUCAUGACAUAUUUCUUCUGCGUUUUCUAACUGAACGUGGAUUACCAGAUUCUGUUCCAGGGAUCCUAACAGUAUGCUGUGUACCAGUCAUUCAUAAUUGAAUGACCCCCUUUGUGCUUUUAUAUUCAGGGGUGGACAGCAUAAACCAUUUCAAUCCAGUUAUCCUUAUCUGUACCCUUACUUGUUUAAAAGAAUCCAUACAAAUCGCUAUCCAGAACUAUAUGUAUUAAACAUGGAGUGGAAUGAAGCUCAAGUAAUGGCAUUGUCCACCCCUGUUUUACAUGGUGCCCAUAUACAAGAGUCUUUAGCACUGUGCUUUCCAGUGGCGCUGUGGCAAACCCGGAUACUGAACAGUAAGCAACAACAGGCAGCAUUACACUGUCUGAAAUUGCAUUGCAGCGUUUUGUAAAGCAUUUGCAAUAAGAGACUGUCACAUUUCUUAACGCCUAUAAUAAAAAAAAUCAAAAUAAAUGGAGCAAUAAUGAGACCGCUAGGUUGCACCAGUUAUUACAAAAUGUAUUGGGGCAUCUGUAUCUUUUGCAGCAAGCAUUCCUGCUGAGUAAUUGAGUGCGCAAAUGUGUCCUGGGCCAAAAGCGAUGACACUUAACUGAAGGUCAGUGGUGUAGGUUGGUAAGGCUCCAGAGGAAUGCACCAUCAAACGGAGCUGUCGGAGACAGUCUGAGGUGUGUAACAUGUGACAGGGGUCUUAUUACAAACUGCUUGGGUUUUACAGAUGUAACCAAUACAGAAGGAGGGGUGCAAGCCUCCUCUCGGGUUUGCUCAGUAGCUGUAACUGUUCCAAGGCUCCUGAGCGCAGUGCAACGCUGCACACUGAUGUAGCUCAGCUUUGGAGCAGCAUCUGACAAUGAUUUGGAGCGCCCUGAUUGGUUACCAGCCCUCAGCUGACCGGAGUUUCCCUUUGAACCGUGCCUGUACCACUGUGCAUCAAGUGAUACGGCUGUGACGAUCCUAACAGCAAUGCAAUGCUUGCAGGUGACUGUUUAUCCACAAAGUUUAAACUUUCAAAAUCACUCGGUAAAACCAAAAAGAAUACAAUGAUACGCAAGUUUCAGCAUGUCUGCCAAUGUCAUUCUGUGUCGUAGGGUUCACGUUUUACCUGUUCCAUUACCCACACACAGUUUGAUUUAUUGUGCCAGUGCUAUUUCCAUUACAUCUGAAGGGACCACUAUACUGUCCAUUACCAGCUACCAAUCUACAAGUUUGUGAAAUUCUGGAGAUUUAAAUAAAGUUCUAUCACUUUUUUUUUUUUCUCAUCCUACAAUUCAAUGAACUUUUUUUUUUUUUGUCCUUGAAAAUGCAGUGGAAAAGAAAUGGUUUAAAAAAAAUAAAUAAAGUCUUGAUUUA